AUUGAAUACAACGAGCGGGAUAAGCAAGCCGACAUAAAUUGGAAAACCAGUUGCCACCGGUUUAUAAGCCGUUUUCCGGUAGAUGCAACCGCCCACCGAUUACACAACAUCUGUGAUGGCUGUGAAAAAUGGGAGAAUUAUGCGGAUAUUAUGCCAAACACAGCACGAAAUCGGGAUAAAUAUAUGGCGACAGGCGUAGAGGAACCUCAAAACAAUGCGAUUUUUAUGGAAAUAGAUUCUAUAACUUGGCACGUAGUUCUGCUAGCUGUUACAUAACCUCCAACUAAGUGGGCACCAUAUAUCGGUGAAUUCGUAACCCGUUAGAAUUCACGGAUGACCGCCUGGUCGGGUGGGAAAUUUGGCUAUCGCGGGUCCAAGACCCUAUGUUCCUCUGCUGAUACCUCAUAAAUUGAUAUUCAUUUUACUACCUUGCAGACUCUGUGAGAAAAUGGCCCUGCGACUACUCAACAGUGCUGUGCUCCGCCAGCUGGCCUCUCAGCUGCCCAAGAGUGCCCAGGUGGGCAGCGUGGCCGCCGUCCACACACUGGACAAGAUCGGCAAGCGGGAGAUCGUUGGCUACGGCUGGAACGGCACCGCCUGCUACGCGGAUCGCGUGGACUACCCUCUGCCCGCCGUGCGCUUCCGUGAGCCCACCAACGAGAUCAACGCUCUGCGCGCCAAGGAGCAGGGAGACUGGAAGAAGCUCAGCACCCAGGAGAUCAAGGCCCUGUACCGCGCCAGCUUCUGCCAGACUAUCGCCGAGGUCCAGGCUGGAUCCGGGGAGUGGAAGCUCCACCUGGGCGUUUCACUCCUCUUCUGCGCCGCCGCCAUCUGGGUGGCCGUACUGAUGAACAUCUUCGUGUACGAUGAGCUGCCCGUUACCUUCGAUGAGGAGCACCAGAAGGCGCAGCUGCAGCGCAUCAUCGACCUGGAAAUCAACCCCGUCACCGGAUUGACCUCCAAGUGGGACUACGAGAACAAGAAGUGGAAGAACUAAGUGCGCUGUCGUUAAAUAAUUCCGCGAUUGUGUGUGAUUAAGUUAGCCGACGUCUAUGUGUAUUAAGUAAAAGCAAGAUAGUCGAAAUUAAAGUUAUGGCUGCUGCCUAAAUCAAUC